GCACACGUGGACAACAAGUUGUGCCACGGGGGCUGGUGGCCCACGUCAACACAAGCAGAGUGUUCCGUGGCAGCUUUGGCUUUGGCUUUGGACCUUCCCUUCCUUGCAAAGUUGCAAGUUCCGAAAGCACGCGAGGCAGCAGUGGGCACGCACAUACAAAUACCAUACAAGCCGAGGAAGAAGAGAAUCAUCAUUCAUUUCAUUGUGCACCACCAACCCAACCCAUCCCAGACACAGAAACUCAGAGUAAUCCGGCCGGGUUCCAUUCCAUGGCGUCUCUGCUUCUCAAAGGCGUGCACAAGCGGCUGGGCCUGCCCUCCAUCACCAUCUCCUGCUCCUCCGCCGCCGCCACCAACAUCAUCGCAUCAACCACCACCAGCAACGGCGUCGGCAGCAGCAGCGGCCGGGCCAUCGACCGCCACUCGCCGCGCCUCCGUGACCCACACCGCUCCUCCACCUCCAAGCCGCCAAGGCCAAGCACCAGCACCAGCACCAAAGACUCGGCGUCCUCCGGUGACUCCAAGCAGCAGCACGGCCACGGCAAUAAGAAGAAGAAGAAGAAGAGCACCACCGCUGCUGCUGGGACUUCAGAGAAGAGGUUGGUAAGCCCGGCGACGUCGUCCAGGUUCCUCCUCAACUCCUCCCGGCUGCAGUCCGACGACCUCGACGUCCUCGCGCUUCCCCCGCCUCCGCCGCCGUCCUUCAUCGACGUGUUCCCCGGAGGCGAAGCGAAGCCGCCGUCCUUCAUCGACGCGUUCCCCGGCGACGCCUCGCUCCCUCUUUCCUUCGCGAAGGAGGCACCGUCGCCGCUACAGCAAGCAGAGACCUCCUCGUCCUCCUCCUCUGCUUCGUCGUCGUCGGAGAUCACGGCCGUCCAAGAAGAGGAGCAGCAGAAGGCGGCGGUGCUGGCGCGGUCGUCCACGACCACGGAGAGAAGAACGACGCAGGUGGUGGUGCUUCGGGUGUCGCUGCACUGCAAGGGGUGCGCGGGCAAGGUGAAGAAGCACAUCGCCAAGAUGGAGGGCGUGACGUCGUUCGACAUCGACAUCCCCAGCAAGAAGGUGACGGUGGUCGGUGACGUGACGCCGCUGGGCGUGCUCACCAGCGUCUCCAAGGUGAAGCCCGCGCAGUUCUGGCCUUCGCCGCCGCGCCCGCCCCGCGCAUCCGCCUCCUUCUGAACGCGCCAGCGAUCUCUGCUCUCUCUGAAUCACAGCAUGACGAUUAGCAGAGCAUAGCUACCCAUCAUGAGUGUUUGUCUCGCAAAUAUGGCCAAUCCUAACGCUUUGCGCGCGCAACGUGAAUCCUCGUCGUUGCUGCUUCAUGUGGAUGAGAGCACCUUGCAUGUGCCUGGCUCUUUUCCCUCUCUCUUCCUGCACACGCACUGACACAUGCAUGUCUUACAUCAACACAUGCAUGCCUACUUUAUCUUUCCUCUCUCCUCUAAUUCCAUCACAUUUCAUUUUGUCUUGACAAUUUAGAUGGUUUAUAUGUUUAAAACCAUAAUUGUGUUUUUGAAACUUUUUACAUAUUUGAACUCGUGGCGUCAGAUCAGUUUUGGAUACAGUUGAAACACAUUUUUGUUUGAAA